AUGGCAAGGCAACGGCCCCGUGCAACACCACCCCAGCCUCCAACCACAAGCGCAACAGAGCAGACACCACUGAGGACCGUACUCACAACAGACACCCCGACCCCACACCAAGACGGGACAACCUCACCUGGCAAGAGGUCCCCGGUUGGCAGCAUGCACCCGGGACUGACGGCCCCCACCAUGCCCUCAGAACCACACAAAGACACCAAAUCGCCGCCACUGCAACUACAGUCUAGGGAGAAACACCAAACAGCUCAGCUCCAAUAUUGCCGCUCAGCCAAUCCAAAUGCCAGUGACCCCACAUCAAGAAAGAGGACGCAACCCCCUCCCCCACACACGCUGCAACCCCCCACGCCACCCUCCAGUCCCCCGUCCAACUAUUGCCACAGCGUGGAAAAACUAUUUCCCUUACAACAGACCCAGAUAUCUCUGCCACAACUCUGCAAAGUCAGGCUGUUAAAAAAAAUUAAGGACUUCAACAAAGUUGUAAAAGAUGGGCCUUUCCUUCUUCUGUAUCCAGAUGGGACAGAGGUCAUUAAUAUCCCUGGGACACAAAACCCUUUUACCCUUGCUUCUUAUAAGGCUGAAGUUGGCAAGUCAUAUCAAAGCAUUACUGUUUUCAUCUCCUUGAAAAGGGACUUUGAAGAAGACUUGUCUGACUCUGACCCAGAGAUUGUUAUUAGAAAAUCCUCAGAGUUUGAUCUUGCUGAUACACUACCAUGGGAACCUUGGGAUGAAAGCAGUCCUUUACAAAAAGUGGCUGAAACAGAGAAUGAUGUUGGGGAUCUUGUGCUUUCAAAUGAUGCACAACAGGUUAUACAUUUGAAUAACAGAAAAAAUCCAGGUACCCCCGAAUGUCUCACUGUCCAGAGCUCCUGUUACAGAAACUACAGCAACCUGUUUGAACCCAUUGUGAUUGAUGACGAAGACGAUGUUGAAGAUCUUACUCGUGACAAAGAGAAAGACCUGCCCACAGAAGAACCUGUAGAAACAAACAUGCAGGCACAUGAAAUUAUUGCACAUCUGGCACUGGCAAUUGACCACAAGAAGGUCAGCAGGUUCAAUAUAUGUCGGUCAGAUGUAUGGGAUAGAGCGGUUCGUGGAUUUCAACGCAGCACGUAUUCUGACAACGACAUGUUCAUCAAGUUUAAUGAUGAUGCUGGCUGCUUAUGAAGAAGGGUUGGAUACAGGUGGCCCAAGGCUUGAAUUCCUCACACUUCUCAUGAGCCAUCUGAGAAAUCACCCCAUCUUCGAUGGACCCCUAGAAAACCGUUAUCUUGUAUGCAAUUCAAGAGCGGCCAGGACAGAUGAGUAUUUCUUAGCAGGAAAGAUGAUUGCUGUAUCCAUUGUACAUGGAGGACCAGCCCCACAUUUUCUCUCAAAGAACCUGGUCAACCACCUGAUGGGGAAUCCAAGUUUCAGCACCACUGCAGAAGAUAUGAAAGAUGAGGAGAUAGGGAAAGGUUCUACAACAGGUCCUGGAAGCAAAAUCAGAGGAAUCUCUGCAAAAUGUAAUUUUGCAAAACAGUACCAUGUUCUAAACUGCUGGAUGCCUCAGAGGUGUGAAGACAUGUGAGAAGCAAGCUUUCGUGGAGGAGUAUCUUAAAUGGUACAUCAUUGACAGAAACCACAGUGCCAUUCAACAGUAAGUAAUAACCUGUCUGCCAUUAAUGGCUGAAAAUAUUUUAAAACUAAUACGCGGUUCUAAGCUUAUUACAUAAUUAAUUAUUACUUAAGCAUUGUCAGUUAUUUACAGCAGCCACUGAUAUCAUGAGAACUUUAUUAUGAAAAUGUUUAAAUUUAAAAUGUUUGAAUCCACUUGUUGUUUUGUAUGUUCUGAAUAAUGUAUCACUUUUCAUUUUAGCAGAAGGAACAGGAAAUAAAAGAUUAAAAAUUUAGGUUCAGGUAGUUUGUCUAAAACCUGGCUAUGUCUUUGAGCAAUAAAUACAGUUCUGUGGCCAAUUUCCAGUCUUGUGGCUGUUGUAGUCCAUUUUGUUGUACAGCCUGUUGUAGGUAUUCCUCAAUGUUUUGAUCAUCACACAAUUCAGUCUCUUGCCUUGCUUCAGGGAACACAUCCAGUUCCCUCUCCUCAACAGCAAAUC